AUGAGUCUCGGCUUCCCUGUCGGCGAUGUCGUCGCCAUUCUCAGCCUCUUGGAGAGGAUAAUCGCCGAGAUCCGAAGCUACCACGGCGCCCCCCGGCAUUUCCAGCAACUGCUCGCCGAGCUGGAGAUGCACAGCCGCACCAUCCAGACGCUCCUCUCCAUCGAACCUACACACGCAGCCGAUCACGAAAUCGUCGACCGACUCCGCGCCAUAUCCCUGCACUGCAGCCAGUCACUCCAAAACUUCCUCGCCAAAAUGCACGGCCUCGAGAAGGAUCUAGGCCCAUUCCGCGUAACGACGCCGACUCUCCAGUCCAUCGGCGCCCGCUUGAACUGGUCCAUGGUUGGGAAAAAGGACGUCGACGAGCUCCGCAAGAUCCUGCAGUCAAAGAUGCUGGCCAUUAACAUCCUCCAGGGCACACUGCAGCUGAACCAGAUCCAACGCAUGGCGCCCGAGCUCAGAAACGCGUCCGAAAGCCACUCCAACAGCUUAUCCUCGGUCGCUCGACAGGUCGACCUGCUCCGCGACGUUACCACUCACGCCGCCACCGUUGCCCCUAGCGCCGUGGCCGACCUGAAGCGCUUCGUCGUCGAGACCAGCGCGGCGACGGCGGAGCAGUUCACCAGGAUGGAGGACAACUUCAGUGGCGUUCAAGCAAAUCUACAGUCGGUGACCAGCUCGCUAGACCAAGUGAUAGCGCUGAGCAGGGGACUGACGACCGGGCUGCGCGCUGGGCUCACUCGGCUGUUCUCGCUCGUGCUGGUCCUGGUCGAUUCGUCGGCAAAUGUCUUGCGGGUGGUUACUCAGAAUACGUCAACGUUGCUCGACAUUCAGAACAACAUUCAACGUCUCACUCAGGCGGUGAAUCGUGUCCCCCUCCAGCUGAGCAUUCAGUUUAUAAGAUUUGACGACGCGCUCGGCGAAAGCUGGGCGCUGCCAUUCCAGCUCUGUGAACAGUGGGAGACCUUCAAAGAGAUGCUCCGAGUUAUUGUCUUCAGGAACGACCGCCCGGGGUUUCAGGGAGUCCUGGCCAACCGCUUCACCCUCCGAGUCGCGGGCUCGCACUCGAACAUCUUUCGCCAUCGCUGGGAGAGAGUCAUCAAGCCCGGCCUGCACAUUGAGCAGACAACGCUGGUUCCCGAGCUGUCGACGCAAAUGGCUCCCGACUUGUGCUCGUUCUCGCGCUGCUCGGGCUCGCCGCAGCGGGAGUCUGACAAGAGUAACGACGAUAACUGGCAAGUCAACACUGACUGCGGAAGGCUGAAGGUCACGGAGCAAGGGCACGAAAACCUUGUCACUCUCCUAGAAAAAGUAGGCAUGAACCUCGCGCCCGACUCACCGCCCGUUACCACGGGGACUAUGAACCGUUCCCUCUCAGAGCUUGCUGUCAAGGCCCCGUAUGAAACACCGACAUCCCCCCGCCGAGUCGAAACCUUCACGCCCAAAGAGCCGCUCAAAAACAUGAAACAGCCCUGGGCGCUGUACUCGCAGGACAGGGCCGACCCGAGCACCAGGAGGUUUGCCGGGUGGUGGGUCAUUGUCCGGCAGUCAGAGACGCUGCGUGCUCUGCCAUUUUCCGUCAGGGCUUCUGAGUUCCACGACCUGCACUGGACGGUGGGGUCCCAGUCUGACUACUUUCUCAGCUGUCACUGCUGCGAUGUGGGAUAUUACAGCGACGACGGCUCAGGCUCGGGCUCGGGCCCCGGCUCGUCUGCCGAGCCAUAUGUCGAGUGCGUGGUCGGGUCCCCCUCGCCCGACUACUUCAACUCGAUCGCGCUGCUCUACUACGACGCCCACGACUGGAAAGACUGCCUAUACCUGCUCGCCAACGCGCUCCGCGCCGACCCGCUGCGCUGGGAGUUCUGGUUCAAUCUCGGCGUGUUGUACGACACUGCGCAUCAACUAGAUGACUCGCUAGAUUCGUUCAAGAGGUGCUUGCAACUGAACCCUACCGUUAAUUACGCCAGGCAGAGGCUCGAUGGGCAACGCCCGCUGCCGGUGAGAUUCUCGACGGACGUGCGGAUGAUCGAGACCGCGGUCUCACAGGUCUCUGACAAGCCAGUCAAAAACCGCGACGGCGGUCGCCAUAAUCCCGUCCCUGUCCCUAGCGGCAGGAAACCGGGUUAG